AUGCCGAAGUCAAAGAGAGAUAAAAAAAUUUCGUUAACAAAAACUGAUAAAAAGGGGCUCGCAUUGAAACAGAAAAUCGUGGAGGAUGUCCGCAAUUGUGUGGAAAAGUAUAAAAGUGUAUAUUUGUUUACAUUCGCAAAUAUGCGAAAUGAAAAAAUGAAAGAAGUCAGAGAAGAAUGGAAACCCAGUCGAUUUUUCUUUGGAAAAAACAAAGUAAUUGCAAUAGGACUUGGUAAAAGUAAGGAGGAUGAAGUGGAAGACGAUUUACAUAAGUUAUCACAUUGCAUGAAAGGUCAAUGUGGUUUGCUGUUCACAGAUAGCACAAAAGAUGAAGUAACAGAGUGGUUUGAUAACUAUGCUGUUGAAGACUUUGCACGUUCAGGAUUUAAGGCUACGAAUACGAUUGUUUUGAAAGAAGGCCCACUUAAACAAUUUUCACAUUCUAUAGAGCCAUAUCUGAGGCAACUGGGCAUGCCUACAAAAUUAGAUAGAGGAGUUGUUACAUUGAUUAAGGACUUUGAAGUAUGUAAAGAUGGUAGUAUAUUAACUCCUGAGCAGGCUAAAAUUUUAGAAUUGUUAGAAUAUAGAUUAGCAACAUUUAAGUUAAUUUUAAAAGCCAGGUGGUCUAAAGGAGAAGGAUUUGAAAAAUUAUCGAGUGCAGAAGAUGAAGAAAUGGAAACCGAUGAUGAAUGAAUGAUUGGGAUGUUUUAUUUAUAUUUUAAGUAAGAUAAUAAAUUUGUAAAUAAGUUA